AUGACGAGCCAGCGCAGCGUCGAGGCGACGAGCCACCCGUUCCCGACCCCGGGCCUCAAGAAGCAGGACGGCUUCCAGUUCGACCAGUGGAAGUCGCUCGAGGAGCAGCGCCUCGACGAGGACGAGCGCAAGGAGAAGCACUGGAAACGGUGGGGCCCGUACGUCUCGGAGCGUCAAUGGGCCACCGUCCGCGAGGACUACUCGGCCAACGGCGACGCGUGGACCCACUUCCCGCACGAGCACGCGCGCUCGCGCGCCUACCGCUGGGGCGAGGACGGCCUCGCCGGCAUCUCGGACAACCACGGUCGCCUGUGCCUGUCGGUCGCCCUGUGGAACGGCGUCGACCCGAUCCUCAAGGAGCGCAUGUUCGGCACGACGGGCCACCAGGGCAACCACGGCGAGGACGUCAAGGAGCUGUACUGGUACCUCGACUCGACGCCGACCCACUCGUACAUGAAGAUGCUGUACAAGUACCCGCAGCGCCCGUACCCGUACGAGCAGCUCGUCCGCGAGUCGACCAACCGCGGCCGCGACGUCGAGGAGUACGAGAUCACCGACACGGACGCCUUUGACGACAACCGGUACUGGGACGUGUUCGUCGAGUACGCCAAGGACGAGGACUGCGCCGAGGGCGUCUCGAUCCGCAUCACGGCCUACAACCGCGGUCCCGAGCCGGCGACGCUCCACAUCGUGCCCCAGCUCUGGUUCCGCAACACGUGGUCGUGGCCCAAGGAGCGCCCGACGGGCCCGGCCAUGCCGUCGCUCCGCCAGGUCGGCGAGGGCGUCGUCCAGGCCGACCACGACAAGCUCGGCAAGUACUUCUUCCACGCCAACUCGUCGCCGGCGCCGAUCGGCCCUCGCGGCAAGAAGGACCAGCACGAGACGGUCUUUGUCGACGACGUCGUCACGCCCGAGCUCCUGUUCACCGACAACGACACCAACUUUGAGCGCCUUUACGGCGGCAAGAACGCCGUCCCGUACGUCAAGGACGCCUUCCACGACCACAUCAUCCCGUCGCACCGCCCGCCCACGCCCAAGAGCGAGACCGAGACAGAGGGCGCCAACGGCGACGGCUACGACUCGGACUCGACCCAGGACGGCACGUCGACGCCGCGCUCGGACGAGGACACGCGCCAGUUCGUCAACCCGAACAAGGAGGGCACCAAGUGCGGCGCGCACUACGUGUUCCGCGACGUUCCCGGCAACGGCGGGUGCGCCGUCGUGCGCCUCAAGUUGACGACCCGCACGGCCGACGAGGACCCGGCCAUCCUCGACGAGGAGAACUUUGACGGCGUCGUCGAGGACCGCCGCAUGGACUCGGACGAGUUCUACUCGCGCUUCAACUCGGGCGCGCUCAGCGACGACCUGCGCAACGUCAUGCGCCAGGCCCUCUCGGGCAUGCUCUGGACCAAGCAGUUCUACAUGUUCAUCCAGAAGGAGUGGAUCGAGGGCGACCCCGGCCAGCCUCCUCCUCCUCCCGAGCGCAAGAACAUCCGCAACAAGGAGUGGAAGCACAUGCACAUCGAGGACAUCCUGUCGAUGCCCGACAAGUGGGAGUACCCGUUUUUCGCCAUCUGGGACUCGGCCUUCCACUGCAUCCCGCUCGCCAUGAUCGACCCGGCGUACGCCAAGAAGCAGCUCGACAUCAUGACGCGCGAGUGGUACAUGAAGCCCGACGGCGCGCUCCCCGCCUACGAGUGGAACUUUGGCGACGUCAACCCGCCCGUACACGCGUGGGCCACCUUCCGUGUCUUCAAGAUCGAGCGCAAGAUGCACGGCCGCGAGGACAUCGGCUUCCUCGAGCGCGUCUUCCAGAAGCUCCUCAUCAACUUCACCUGGUGGGUCAACCGCAAGGACGCGUCGGGCGAGAACGUGUUCGAGGGCGGCUUCCUCGGCCUCGACAACAUCAGCCCGUUCAACCGCUCCGAGCAGCUCCCGACCGGCGGCACGAUGCGCCAGGCCGACGGCACCGGGUGGAUGGGCUUCUACGCCCUCACCAUGCUCAACAUCGCCCUCGAGCUCGCCAAGCACAACUCGGUGUACGAGGACAUCGCGAGUAAGUUUUUCGAGCACUUCCUCUUCAUCUCGGACGCCAUGACGUUCCACAACGGCGAGCAAGGCGAGGUAUCGCUCUGGAACGACGAGACCGGCUUCUACUUCGACGCCAUCACGUGGGGCCCGGGCACGGACCCGCAGCAGAUCCCCGUCCGCUCGCUCGUCGGCCUCAUCCCCAUGUACGCCACCCUCACGCUCGAGCCGUCGACGAUCAAGCGCUUCCCCGGCUUCAAGAAGCGCAUGGACUGGUUCCUCGAGAACCGCUCGAGCAUCUCGAAGCGCAACAUCGCCAACAUGUCGGCCGGCGGCAAGGGCGACCGUCGCCUUCUCGCGCUCGCCAACGAGGACCGCCUGCGCCGCAUCCUCGAGCGCAUGCUGGACGAGAACGAGUUCCUGUCCGAGUACGGCAUCCGCUCGCUCUCGCGCUACCACAAGGAGCACCCGUGGUCGUGGAACGUCAACGGCGAGGAGUUCAGCGUCCACUUCUGGCCCGGCGACUCGCACUCGGGCAUGUUCGGCGGAAACUCGAACUGGCGCGGCCCGAUCUGGCUCGCGACGACGUUCCUCCUCAUCGAGUCGCUCCAGCGCUUCUACCAGUACUACGGCAACGAGUUCAAGAUCGAGUGCCCGACUGGGUCGGGCGACAUGCACACGCUCGCGCAGGUCGCCGAGGACAUCCAGCACCGCGUCAUCCACCUCUUUGCGCGCGACCACGAGGGGAACCGGGCGUGCAACGGCGGCAGCGAGCUGCUCAACAAGGACCCGCACUUCCGCGACUACGUCCCCUUCCACGAGUUCUUCAAUUGCGAAACGGGCAAGGGCCUGGGAGCGUCGCACCAGACGGGCUGGACUGGCCUCGUCGCCUACUUCAUCUGGAGCACUGGCUCGACGGCGCGCCUGCCGCGCACGCCGCGCACGCCGAGGUCGGUCGCGGCGCACUACUUUGACGAGGUGGCGACGCCCGGCGCGAGCGAGGCCGAGACGAGCGCGUGGGACUCGGACUACUCGGCGGCCGAGCUCGACAUCGACGAGCUGUAG